AACAAGGAGCAAGGCGACGAAUAUUUUAUUCCGUGAGAUUGCGAAUUUGGGAUUCCAUCGAUAGCUGCAUUCGGAGCAUACCUGAUAGCAUUACCUAGGCAUUAAACGUCAAAAGUCAUGGGUCACAUAUAAUUGCAAGUUAAUUCGUUGCGCCCUGAAGUGAAAAUCCCGUGAAAAUGUCUAUAUCAAAGUUUCCAAAGUUUCAUAUGCCCGUAGAGAAAUUGGAUGUGCGCCAUGACACAAAGGUCAUUAAAAAUCUACUGAAGUUGGAGGGCAUCACGAAUUAUGAACCCGACGUUUUGGAUAAGCUGCUGAUGACCGGUUACGAUUUGAUCAAGGACGAAUUGUUGAAGCGCAAGCACCGUGAGGAUAUAGCGGAGGCCGUCGGAAAUAUUGACGAGCCUUUGUCUUCGGCUGCUGACUCCAAAGAUACAGCCUUCAAUCCUGCCAAUUAUUUCAGAGAUCCGAUGGAGAUCGAGUUGCUUGGCGCGUCGUCAACUGUUCACUCCGAGGAUAUGGAUAAUUCAUUUCUAAGCUCUUCGGCCUUGAUUUCUGUCCAACCUUUGAACGUUCUGAAGGAGAGUGAAGAUCUGGGCACGCCUUCAGAUUCUGACUCCGAGGACACGGAUAGUUCAGGUCCAAGCUCUUCGGACUUGAAUUCUGACGAACUUUUGAGCUCUCCCGAAUCAGAUACGAACACAGAUCAAAGCUCUUCGGCCUUGAAUUCUGACGAACUUUCGGGCUCUCCCGAAUCAGAUACGGACACAGAUCCAAGCUCUUCGGCCUUGAAUUCUGACGAACUUUCGGGCUCUCCCGAAUCAGAUACGGACACAGAUUCAAGCUCUUCGGCCUUGAAUUCUGACGAACUUUCGGGCUCUCCCGAAUCAGAUACGGACACAGAUCCAAGCUCUUCGGCCUUGAAUUCUGACGAACUUUCGGGCUCUCCCGAAUCAGAUACGGACACAGAUCCAAGCUCUUCGGCCUUGAAUUCUGACGAACUUUCGGGCUCUCCCGAAUCAGAUACGGACACAGAUCCAAGCUCUUCGGCCUUGAAUUCUGACGAACUUUCGGGCUCUCCCGAAUCAGAUACGGACACAGAUCCAAGCUCUUCGGCCUUGAAUUCUGACGAACUUUCGGGCUCUCCCGAAUCAGAUACGGACACAGAUCCAAGCUCUUCGGCCUUGAAUUCUGACGAACUUUCGGGCUCUCCCGAAUCAGAUACGGACACAGAUCCAAGCUCUUCGGCCUUGAAUUCUGACGAACUUUCGGGCUCUCCCGAAUCAGAUACGGACACAGAUCCAAGCUCUUCGGCCUUGAAUUCUGACGAACUUUCGGGCUCUCCCGAAUCAGAUACGGACACAGAUCCAAGCUCUUCGGCCUUGAAUUCUGACGAACUUUCGGGCUCUCCCGAAUCAGAUACGGACACAGAUCUAAGCUCUUCGGCCUUGAAUUCUGACGAACUUUCGGGCUCUCCCGAAUCAGAUACGGACACAGAAAGCCAGACAGAAAUACUGGGAGAGCAUGAUGAUUUGACUGAAACCACGUCGGAGUCUGACUCUUCUUAGCUAAAACCUUAGAUGCUAUCGAUCCAAUUUGACCUUAACAUUGUUUGCCAAUAAAUGCAGGUUUAAGAUAAUCAAUAAAUUGCUGCCACAAAAAAAUA